AAAAAAAAAAACAAGGUAACAGUGGAGCGAAUUGCGGACAUUAGCAGCCGACCUGAGAAAUGCUAACGCUUUUUACGUAACUGGUCUCAGUUGGUGUAUUAGCUUGUGGUGCACGAAAUGCUGACGUUCAUUUACACGUGAGAAGAAACAUCUGCUGCAUGUGUGCGUUGUAAGAGGAGACAUCGAUUAAAAUGUGACCGCCAGCUGAUAUUCGUUUUCACGUCUUUGACGUUACUUCGUCGGUGUUACUGCUGUUUAAACAUUCACAGAUGGAGCUGCAUGUGGGAGCCGCUGUGAUGGAACUCGCUCUGCACAUCACAGAUAUUUGACUUGUUCGCCUGUCACAGAGAAACCAUGUCUUGCAAAGCCGCAAAGGACAAGAAGUCGAGCUUCAGCAAGAAGCUGUUCAGGCGAGGCUCUGUGCGAUCCGUGGGCAGUUUCGUGAGCAGGUUUCUGAGGACCCUGACAGCCUUGUCCCACUUUGGAUCUGAAGUUCAAGCAGAGGAUGACAAGGACGAUGGAGGGUUUUCCACGUUCAAACCUGGGAGCAAGGAUGUGCCCAUGGACGAUGGGGACAUGGGGGGUUUCCUGUCGGGAGAGAGGGUCCCUGGAGUGUCAGGGCUCAAAAACCACGGGAAUACCUGCUUCAUGAAUGCGAUCCUGCAGUGCCUCAGCAACACUGAACUCUUCGCUGAGUACCUGGUUCUGGAGCACUACAAAGGUGAGGACGACGAGGACGAGGACAAACCAAAGACAAAUGGCUUACAUCUGCAGAGGAAGGGUCCCCUGGCCAAAGGAGAGGUCACGGAGCAGCUGUCUGGACUUGUGCGGGCUUUAUGGACGUUUGAAUACACCCCACAGCACAGCAGAGACUUCAAGAACGCGGUGUCAAAAAAUGCCACACAGUUUAAAGGGAACUCUCAGCAUGACGCUCAGGAGUUUCUGCUGUGGCUGCUGGACAGAGUGCAUGAGGACCUCAACACAGUCAACCCCAACAGCAGGCCUGCUAUAAAGCCCCCUAUCGAAGAAGAUGAUCAAAGCAUAGAAGAGCCUUCUCUACCUCUCUCUGCUGGGUCGUUCGUACAAGAACUGUUCCAGGCUCAGUACAGGUCGUCUCUAACCUGCCCACAUUGCCAAAAGCAGAGCAAUACAUUCGAUCCCUUCCUCUGCAUCUCCUUACCGAUCCCACUCCCACACACAAGGCCCCUGUAUGUGACAGUGGUCUACCAGGGGAAGUACUCUCACUGUAUGAGGAUUGGAGUUGCUGUUCCCCUCAACAGCACCGUCUAUCGCCUCCGAGAUGCUGUGUCACGUGAGACCAAGAUCCCAAUGGACCAGUUUGUUUUGACUGAAAUGUACUAUGAUGGUUUCCAUCGUUCGUUUUGUGAUGACGACGAUGAUCUUGAGAUCAUUCAAGAGAGCGAUUCCAUCUUUGCCUUUGAGACACCAGAGACCUUCAAACUGGAAAAUUUACGCACAAAAAGAGGAAGUCUCCUUGCAAACCUGAACCAUAACAACUUGAAGUAUGGGACUGAAAUCAGCAGGACUUCAUCGUUCAUGCAGGGGGCCAUGACUCCUGUUACUGCAUCACCCAAUAAAAACCUUGGACCUGAAAAAAUUAUCCUGUUGGUGUGUAACAGAGCCUGUACUGGUCACCAAGGAAAGAGGUUCGGCCUGCCUUUUGUACUGUACAUGGAGCGCACUGUGACCUGGGAUGGUCUACAAAAAGAGAUCCUGGAGAAAAUGCGUCAUCUCUUGAGGCCUGGGGUUUAUAUUCAGGUGGGACCUUUCAGUCUUCGGGUGGUUGGCGUUGUUGGUAUAACCUACCUCCUUCCCCAAGAUGAGCGACCACUGUGUCACCCAACUGUGGAAAGAGCGUACAAGUCCUGUGGACAAGGAGGACCACCACAUGUGAAGAUAGUGGUAGAGUGGGACAAAGAGACGAAGGACUAUCUGUUUGGACACACUGAGGAGGAGUAUAUUCCCGAUGCUGAGAGUGUGUAUCUGCACAGAGAACAUCAUCACCAGCCACAGGCCUGCACCCUAGCUCAGUGCUUCCAGCUCUACACGAAGGAGGAGCAGCUGGCUCCAGACGAUGCCUGGCGCUGUCCCCACUGCAAGCAGCUGCAGCAGGGCCGCAUUAAGCUCAGCCUGUGGACGCUGCCGGACGUACUCAUUCUGCAUCUCAAGAGGUUCAGACAGGAGGGGGACCGAAGGGUAAAGAUGCAGAACAUGGUGCGGUUCCCAUUGAUGGGUAUGGACAUGGCACCUCAUGUGGUUAAGAGGAGUCAGAGCAGCUGGAGUUUACCAUCCCAUUGGUCACCAUGGAGGAGACCCUAUGGCCUGGGAAGAAACCCUGAUGACUACCUUUAUGACCUGUAUGCUGUGUGCAACCAUCAUGGGAAUAUGCACGGAGGCCACUACACUGCUUACUGCAAGAACUCCAUUGAUGGUCAGUGGUACUGCUUUGAUGACAGUGAGGUUUCCCCAGUAGCUGACGAUGACGUGUGUCAGCAGACGGCCUAUAUACUCUUCUACCAGAGGAGGACAGUCAUUCCCUCCUGGUCGGCCAACAGCUCUGUUGCUGGUUCCACUAGUUCAUCCCUGUGCGACCACUGGAUCAACAGAUUGCCUGGCAGCAGGCCUGCUAGCUUGGCCUCUGGAGCCUCGUCCAGACGCACAUCUCUGGCUUCACUGGCCGAGUCGGUUGAGUUUCCAGGCGAACGCAGUGAGGAUGAUGGAGGAUUCUCUGUCCGCCCUUUUGUGAGGAGCAUUCAGCGUCAGAGCUUGUCCUCCAGGUCAUCCAUCGCUAGUCCUUUGGCCUGCAGCGAUAGUGGGAUAAAGCCCUCUUGGUCUCUCUCUGCGAAGCUGCAUAUGAGAUCCAACUCGCCCUCGCGGUUCUCCCUCGACUCUCGAUGUUCGCCUCCUCUAGAAAGGAUAGGAGAGGCCUGCGAUGACAAGGUUUCCACAUCCUGUUUUGGCAGCUAUAGUCGACAUGAACGCUACUUUGGCAGCAGGACUCCCUUGUCGAUGAUGGAGAGCAACUUAAGUGACCAGGACAACAAUAAGCGGCUCCUAGACAUGGCGUACUGCAGGGCUCCCACUCCAGUGGAAAAGAAAAGCACCAAAAAUGAGCCAACUGAAAACAACAACCAGAUUACAGCUAUAGACCAAAACAUACUACCUGCCCAAGCGACGCCCUCCAAAGAACAGAAACGAAAGAGCAGCAUCGGAGGGUUUGCUUCAAAGGCUGAAACCACAGGCUCCACAAAGAGCUCCAGCAAAGUGGAGCAAGAGAAAACCUCCAAAAAACGCUUGUGCUCAUCCCAUAAAAUCUCCACCCCUGAGACGUCUUCCAGUACACCUGUGAAAGGCAAGAAGGUGAGCAAUACUAAAGAAAAGAGUGUUAACGCUAAGAAAAACACCUCAACACCCAGUGGGACUCCCUCCAAAACAAAGGCAGCAAUUCAGCCUCUAGACGCAACGCCACAACAUAAGCCAUGUGUUGGCUCCACACCUCAGUCCUCAGCUUCUCCCUCACCAACUGCAAAUAAAACUUCCAGUGUCACAGAGAAAAGCACUCUGAGUAGUCGUAAACGACUGGUGGAAAGGAGCUUCAGCAGAGAUUCUAUGCACACUAGCCCUCUGGUCAACAAUCUCCGAGGCAGCUCAGUAGCUCGCUCUUCGCUCUCUAAGAGUGGGGAAAGCAACAGGAUUGAAAAGAAAUCUGUGAGGAGUUCGAGCAGUAGCUCCUCUGUCACUAGCCUGCGUUCACCAAGCGUGUCCACCAAAGACCUGCAGCGCAACAGCAAGUCUGAGGAAAAAGGGUUGUCUUUCUUCAAAAGCGCCCUUCGACAAAGGGAAAGCCGCCGGUCGGCUGAUUUGGGAAAAAGCACCUUGCUUGCUAAAAAGUCCUCAGAGAGAACGUGCAAGCAAAAUGGUCAAGCCAAGGAAAUCAGUGCUGAGAACGGAAAGGCAGGAGAUGCUGUGUCAUCUCAAACAUCCACAGAGACAAAGUCAAAGACAAAAGAGUCUUCCAAGCCCCCCAGCUCUCUCAGUCGCACUCUACUAAAUGUAGGCAAGUCCAAGUCUUCCACUUCUGACGUAAGUCUCAAGUCUCCCAAUGGGAAGAAGCCUCUCGAAAGGAUGGCAUCUUCCCGAAAACUGUCGUCUAGCAUGCAAUCUCCUGCACGUACAACACAGAGGCCUCAAUGAUAAACUCAUUGUAGUUAUAUAAUGAACGUACAUACUGCAGCUAUUUUCUUUGUGCCUACGUCUCAGAGAGCAUCAGAUGUAUUUGUAAAGAGACACAUUGGAUGUUGUGGUUGUGUACACUUGAAGAUUUCUUUUAGCUUUGAAUGUCAGUAACCGCAUUUGAGUAUUGCAUAUUUUGGUGGCAAACACUCAUGGUGAAAUUACAGUUCGAGUUUUUGGAGUACUUUGUUCUAUUGUUACCAGUUACUCCUUUAAGAAUUGGCAGGGCAGGGUAAUAGAUGUAUUCUGGCAUGGAUGAUACAUAAGCAUGCCAUAUGCAUUCAGCUGUACAGCACAACCAGUUUGAUCGUGAGCACUCAAAGCCUGUAUGACAGCUGACAGAAUUCCCCAUUGCAAUCUUGAAAUCCAAUUAUCUUUCCUUCAGACAAGAGCCUUGUUAUAUCUUUGAAAAAUAUUCAGGCAGAAAAACCCUGGUUUGAAAUGCAGCAUCUUGCACAUUUAAAAAAAGUAGGAGAGACAGUUUUACCUUGUACACACCAGCAAUGCACAGUUUUUCUUGUAUAGUAACAUAAUCGAGAUUCACAUUUUUCGAGUGACAGAAGAACUAGCUGGUUGAUGAUGCCCAAACUUCAUUGCUCUUCUAUUAUGCAUUUAAAACUAAAAACAGUGAGAAGAGAACCACAACAUUGAUAAUGGUCUCUGGACAAAUACUGAAACAGUUGAUAGUCUCUCACACACAAACGCACAUAUACUUGUGUUUCUGUCUUUGUGAGGACUCUAAUUUACACAAUGCAUUUCUUAACCCUCACCUUCACCUUAACCAUCACAAUUAAAUACCUAACCUCAACCCUUGCCCCAUAACCUAAAACCAAGUCUUAACCCCAAAAUGUCCUCAAUCCACAAGGUCAAACAUUCAGGUCCUCACAGAGAUAGAAAUACAAGUACACAUCGGUCCUCACUUUAUUAGGUCAAAUAUUCAGGUCCUCACAAAGAUAGAAAUGCAAGUACACACACAAAAGAGUUUCAUUCUGAAAGAGUUGUGACAAAGCACUGAUAAAGUUUUCAGUGGUUGUUUAAGCUGAUAGAACCGGCCAGUGAUCAAAUAAAAACCUGCAGUCCAACACACACACUGUCAAAAAACACCUCAUAGCAUUGGUUAACUUCAUAUUUGUCUUGGGAGUAUCUAGGAUCAAUAUGGAAUGGCAGUACAAAAAUAAGAAUCUUUAUUGUUAGCAUUAAAAGAAUAUUUGUGGAGUACAGAAGUAAUAUCAGGCCUUAGACCGAAAAAGGGAAAGAAUUAGGAUCGGUAC